CUCUUCAGCUCAGUCAGUGUUCGGCGUCUGAAGGGAGUCAGACUCGCAGGCCACGUCUGGGAGUCGCUUUAUUGACAAACGCGAGAGGAGAACCGACUGGCGGGGAAGCAGGACCCUGGAACGUCUGGAUUUGUGUGCGUGUAUUUGCCUCGCCGCGGGAUAUUUACCCUUCAAUUAACCGUCUCUGAUGCGCUGAAGUCUUCCGCCGCCACAGCUCACCUGGCACAGGUCCGCCGCAUUUGACCGCGUUUCGUGCCGAGAGUUGUCUGAACCCGGCUGACCUUGCAUCACAGAAUCCAUUCUUUGUUUCAAACUUUUAAUUUUAGAAAAAUGUGAUUCCAUGUCUCUCUUUUCUUUUUUUCUUUUUUUUUCCUGGGAGGAAGCCAAGCCCCUUCAUUGGCAUCUGACACAGCUGGGUCGUGUCGAGAAGAUUGAGGAUUAAAGGUUUUUUUUUUCCUUCUUUCUUUCUUCCCCUCUUUAUUAAAGAAACCCCCCAGUUUUUCCUUGGCUUUGUUUUUACCCCUAAUAAAGGUCGAAUAAGCAACAUGAGCGGAGUGUAAAUAAAGGCACAUUUCACUCGUAUUUCCCUCCACAUAUCAGCCAAAAAUAAGAUGGAAAACGAGGUUUUCACCCCACUGCUGGAGCAGUUCAUGCUCUCGCCUCUGGUUUGCUGGGUAAAGAGUGUUGGGCACUCGACAGUGACCGACGGCAGUAAAUUGUCGGAAUACGUCGAGCUGGUGGACGGGAUUUACCUGAACGAGAUCAUGUUCGAGAUAAAUCCAAAAGCUACUGUGCAGAGGACCAACAAGAAAGUAAACAAUGACCCAACACUGCGCAUUCAGAACCUUUCUAUUCUCAUCAGGCAGAUUAAAGCCUACUAUCAGGAAAGUCUCCAGCAGCUGGUGAUGAUGCCUUUGCCGAACGUCCUGGUUCUGGGCCGGAACCCACUCUCUGAACAAGGCCUGGAGGAGAUGAGAAAAAUGUUGCUGCUGCUUUUAGGAUGUGCUGUUCAGUGUGAGAAGAAAGAAGAAUACAUCGAACGUAUCCAGACUCUGGAUUUUGACACCAAAGCCGCGAUAGCAUCACACAUUCAAGAGGUGACUCAUAACCAGGAGAAUGUGGUGGACCUGCAGUGGUUGGAGAGUGGAGAAAUGCCCCCUGAGGAUUUGGACGGCCUGUCGAGAAAUCUGGCUUUCCACCUCAAACGCCUGGUGGAUGAAAGGGACACACAGCUGGAGACGAUCGUGGAGCUCACGCAGGAGAGAGACUGUGUGCAGCUCUCUCCCCUGGCUCCCAUCGCCACCCACUCUCCUGGUGACUCUCCCAGCAUGAGGAGGACUGAGAGUCGACAGCACCUCUCAGUGGAGUUGGCCGACGCCAAGGCCAAAAUCAGACGCCUUCGACAGGAACUGGAGGAAAAAAGCGAGCAGCUUUUGGACACCAGGCAGGAGCUGGAGAACAUGGAGGUGGAGCUGAAGAGAAUCCAGCAGGAGAGCUACCAGCUGCUGUCCGACGCUCGCUCGGCUCGGACCUAUCGCGAUGAGCUGGACGCACUCCGAGAAAAAGCCAUACGUGUUGACAAACUGGAGAGCGAGCUCUGCCGGUACAAGGAGAGACUUCAUGACAUUGACUUCUACAAGGCCAGAGUCGAGGAACUAAAGGAGGACAACCAGAUUUUGCUAGAAACAAAGACGAUGUUGGAGGAGCAGCUGGAUUCCACCAGGACGCGGUCUGACAAACUACACCUUCUGGAGAAAGAGAACCUCCAGCUCAAGUCCAAGAUGCAUGAUCUGGAGAUGGAGCGGGACCUUGACCGGAAGCGAAUGGAGGAGCUGUUGGAGGAAAAUCUCGUGUUGGAGAUGGCCCAGAAACAGAGCAUGGACGAGUCGCUGCACCUGGGCUGGGAGCUGGAGCAAUUGUCAAAGACACCAGAGCUGACUGAUGCUCCGCAGAAGUCUUUGGGCGAGGAGGUGAAUGAACUGACCUCCAGUCGCCUGUUAAAGCUGGAGAAAGAAAAUCAAGCUCUGCUGAAGAAGGUGGAGGCACUCAAAGGAACAGCCAGUCAGGACAACACAGCUAAAAUGACCAAAGCCAACCAAGAAAACCAGAAACUCAACCAGAAAUUGGAGCGACUGGAGAACGAACUAAUGGUGGAUCGGGAGUCGCUUCGUAGUGCCGAGUCACUGAGUACGGACCUGAUGAAGGAAAAGGCUUUGUUGGAGAAGACUCUGGAGACACUCAGGGAAAACUCAGAGAGACAGAUGAAGGGUCUAGAGCAGGAGAACAAGCACCUGAGCCAAACCAUUUCCUCGCUGCGUCAACGCUGCCAGGUUGGAGCCGAGGCCCGCGUGAAAGACGUGGAGAAGGAGAACCGAGUUCUUCACGAGUCGAUCUGCGAGACGACGGGCAAACUGAAUAAGCUGGAAUUCGAAAGGAAGCAGCUACGAAAGGAACUUGAAUUGAUGAAGGAGAAAGGUGAGAGAGCAGAAGAGUUGGAGAUUCGGCUGCAGAAGCUGGAAAGAGAAAAUGAAAGUCUGCAGAAGAAAGUUGCCACUCUUGGAAUUACCUGUGAGAAGGUUUCUUCUUUGGAGAAGGAGAACUCUGAGUUAGAGGCGGAAGGCCGCCGUCUAAAGAAAAAACUGGACGCUCUGAAAAAUAUGGCUUUCCUGUUAGAGGCGCGGGAAAAAGAGAACGGCCAGCUGGAACAGGAGAACCUGGAACUCCGGCGCUCAGCUGAGACGCUCCGGUCAGCGGGGGCAAAGGCCGCUCAGCUGGAAGCCGAGAACAGGGAGCUGGAGAACGAGAGGACCCAGCUGAAGCGCAGCUUGGAACUGCUUAAAGCUUCGUCUAAGAAGACGGAAAGAUUAGAGGUGAGCUACCAAGGUCUGGACACAGAGAACCAGCGGCUUCAGAAGGCUUUGGAGAACAGCAGCAAGAAGAUCCAGCAGCUGGAGGCAGAAUUGCAAGAGGUGGAGACUGAGAAUCAAACCCUUCAGCGUAACCUGGAGGAACUGAAGAUCUCAAGUAAACGGCUGGAGCAGCUGGAGCAGGAGAACAAAACUCUGGAACUUGAAACCUCCCAGCUGGAGAAAGAUAAGAAGCUUCUGGAGAAGGAGAACAAGCGGCUGAGGCAGCAGGCCGAGAUCCGCGACUCCAAGCUGGAUGACGGCAACCAGCGGAUCGCCGCUCUGGAGAAGGAGAACAGGACCAUGGGCAAGGAGAUGAUCUUCUUCAGGGACUCAUGUACAAGAGUCAAGGACCUGGAGAAAGAGAACAAGGAGCUGGUCAAACAGGGCAGUAUAGACAAGAAGACGCUGAUGACAUUAAGAGAGGAGCUUGUGAGUGAGAAACUGCGGACUCAGCAGAUAAAUAAUGACCUUGAGAAACUUACUCAUGAAUUGGAGAAAAUUGGGCUGAACAAAGAGAGACUCCUGCACGAUGAGAGCUCCGAUGACCGGUUUAAGCUGCUUGAAACCAAACUGGAGUCAACUCUGAAGUCAUCUUUGGAGAUCAAAGAGGAGAAAAUCGCGGCUUUGGAGGCGCGAUUACAGGAAUCCUCCAACCUCAACCAGCAACUCCGGCAGGAGCUAAAAACGGUAAAGAAAAACUAUGAGGCCCUUCGCCAGAGAGAGGAGGAGGAAAGGAUGGUGCACAGUUCUCCCCCGAAAGGAGGGGAAAACUCCCAGACUGUCAAUAAAUGGGAAAAGGAGAGCCAUGAAGCCACCAGGGAGCUGCUGAAAGUCAAAGACAGACUAAUUGAAGUAGAGCGAAACAAUGCUACGCUGCAGGCUGAGAAGGUGGCUCUGAGAAGCCAACUCAAACAACUGGAAACGCAGAGCUCCAACCUCCAGGCGCAGAUUGUAGCGGUGCAGAGGCAGACCGCCUCCUUACAGGAGAACAACACCACUCUGCAGACGCAGAAUGCCAAACUGCAGGUGGAGAACUCCACCCUGAGCUCUCAAAGUGCGGCCCUCAUGGCCCAGAAUGCCCAGCUGCAGAGCCAGCAGAGCAGCGUGGAGGGAGAACGGGAGGGAGCGCUGAGAGAGAAAGAGGAGCUAAGGGCGACCUACGAGCUGCUACUCCGGGAUCACGAGAAGCUGGCGGCGCUCCACGAGCGGCAGGCGGCCGAGUAUGAAGCUCUAAUAGGGAAACACGGCGGCCUGAAGACCUCCCAUAAGAGCCUGGAGCAACAGCACAGAGACUUGGAGGACAAGUACAAGCAGCUCCUGCAGAGAAAGGGUGAACUGGAGGAGUUGGAGAAAAACCUGAAGGAGCAACAGGACAAGAUGGCACAGGAGAAUCAGAGCCACCAAGCCACAGCUGACCAGUGCAAACUGCUCAAAGAGGAAAACGACAGGCUGAACACAGCCUAUCGCCAGCUGAUGAAGGACAACGAGAGUCUGCAGGUGGACCAUAAGAACACAAAGAGCCAGCUGAACAGUGCAAAGCUGGAGCAGACCAAGCUAGAAGCCGAGUUCUCCAAACUGAAGGAGCAAUACCAGCAACUGGACAUCACCUCUACUAAACUCACUAACCAGUGUGAGUUGCUGAGCCAGCUGAAAGGCAACUUGGAGGAGGAGAACCGUCACCUGUUGGACCAGAUCCAGACCCUGAUGCUGCAAAACCGCACACUUCUGGAGCAGACGAUGGAGAGCAAGGACCUGUUCCAUGUAGAGCAAAGACAAUACAUAGACAAGCUAAAUGAGUUGAGGAGACAGAAGGAAAAACUUGAGGAGAAAAUAAUGGACCAGUACAAAUUCUUUGAUCCUUCGCCUCCACGCAGGCGUGGCAACUGGAUCACUUUGAAGAUGAAGAAGCUGAUCAAGCCACGGAGCCGGGAGAGGAUGCGUUCUCUCACCCUGACCCCCUCCCGUUCGGAGCUGGGGGAAAAUGUUUUCACUUUUGUUCCAGACAGCCAGGACAGCUCCUCCAUCGGCUCUGGGUCCAACUCGCUGGAUGACACGCUCACACAGAAGAGGAGCAUGAGAAGGAGAGGGCAGCAUUCCCAUGCCCAAAGUCAGGGUCCGUCCAAUGCUAUAAAGAGGUUGCCUUUCAUGAGGAACAGAUCCAAGGACAAAGACAAAGACAAGGCCAUCUACCGACGCUCGAUGUCCAUGAACGACUUGCUGCAGACGAUGGCAGUGGCUGGUGUUUCUGGGUCACAGUGGGCGGGCAGCACGGAGAAUCUUGACGGACCUGAAGCAGGAGACGGCAGCAUAACGGGCAGCAGCAGGCGCAGCGGUCAGCGCAUGAAGGAGCUGGCCCUGUCCACCAACGCCAUCGACUGCGCUGCUCUAACACUGCCGUCUGCGAGGCGGGCUAAGCUGCAGCUUCAGGUAAAAGACAAUGCCUCAUGUGAGGAUGUUGCUGGUUCCUUAGAUGACCCUAAGAGUCAAGGCCAGCAGGGGUCUAGCAGUGCUCUUGCUUUGUGUCGUCCUGUUGAGCUGAAGGCUAUGUGCAGAGUUCCCUGUAGCAUCUGUACCGCCAGACCCACCAGCCUUCAUAGCAACAGGACACGUAGCAAUAGUAACAAUAACUCACACCUCACCUCUCCUCUGGAGGGCAAAGGCACGCUGAAUGGCAGUUUCAGCAGGCCUCAGAGUGAGAGCAGCGGGGAGUUCAGCUUGAGCCUGGACCAGGAGGUGUGGUCCAGUAGCGGCAGCAGCCCCGUCCAGCAGCCCGCCUCCUUGCGCGCCUCCCAUCAGAGCCCCCUGCAGCUGCGCAGGUCCCUGGAGCCGUCCGGCACCGCUGCCGUUUCCGCUCAGGCACAGAUCAGGAAGACGGCGUCCCCCAGCGAGGUUCUGUCCCUGCAGCAGUUCCUAGAUGAGGGUAUUGAUCCUGCAGAGGUGAGAGCUCGAAAUUCUGGCAGUCAGGAGAACCUUACGGUAGAUUCCCCUCGCCUCUCCGCUUCUUCUGAGCACGCUCAGAAAGAUCGCGCCUCCACCAAGGCGCGGGGCAUUUUACGCUCCAGCAGUGGGAGAGCGGCGCCGACCAGCGCCGACCGGGCUCUGAAGUCCUCAGGACAGCCCGGCCGGCCGAGCCUGCGGAAAGCCGAGAGCACGCGCGUCAAAGGCUCCGCCCCUCUCCGCUCCAGCCUCUCCUCCCAGGGGAAAGCCACGUCCGUCUCCGAACGGCUGGACUCCGCCUCCUCCUCGUCCGCACUGCCCCGGGCCAGCAGCGUCAUCUCGACAGCCGAAGGUACCACAAGGCGCACCAGCAUCCAUGACCUACUGUCCAAAGACCACCGGCAGCCCGUGUCUGUUGACGCCUCUCCUCACGCCCCCUCCCCAAAGGCUGGAGUUCGCUCGCAGCCGACACCCAGUGAGUACCACCCCAACAUCGCCUCCCCCAUGCCCAAAUCAGUCAGCCUACCCUGCCACAGCUCAGAGGACCCCGACCUCGACAGCCUUGAGUCUUUCCUCGGCCCCUCCUUCACCGCAGAGUCGGUGUUCAUGGACUCCAUCUUUAGCGAGUCAGCAGAAAAUCUCCCCUUCCUGUCCCUGAACCCCACCCUAGUCAGCAACAUCAGCGGCCCCCCGGCCCAGCCUCGCCCUGGGUCGAACCAGAGCCCACACAGCCAGACCAACGGCCCAACGAGGGCCAGCUCAGCCCGGCUGACGGCGUACGAUGAUGGUAUUGAUCCAAGUAGCGUUACUGAGUCAGAGCAGACUCUGAGCCCAGAGGAGAACCAGUCUCUGUGGUACGAGUACGGCUGUGUGUGAGUCACCCGAAGGUUUCUCACCAGACGAUCAGAACUUCUUCUAGAGCUGGAGAACGAAAUCAUUGGAUGAACUAAUCUUCCUUUCCUGCAUGUCAGAGCACUAUUUUUUUUAAUUAUUAUUAUUAUUUGGUGCAUUAAGGUCAUUUUCUGUUUGCCAUGGUGCUGAAUGCUUUCUCUUUUCUUUUCUUUUGUUCUUAUUUGGGUGGGACUUUGAAGACUCCUCCGUCCAAAACGCUGUUACCGUGUUUUCCCAUCAAAGUGAUUCAAAUGUUUUUGCUCUUUAGUUUUAUUUUUAGGUGGCCUGUUCAUUUCUCAAAGAUCCGUUAAAGCCACCAGAACCUUUUGCUGUCACAAGUAACUGUCCUUAUGACACUGAAGCAGCUUUGUCACAUGAUAAACUCGCCUCAGACUUUAUGGUAUGCUUUUCUAUCAGAGUGUUUUCCAUGGUUUGCAUUGUUCACUUAACUGCAUGGCUUUGUUCUAUCAGCCUCAGUUAAAACAGGAAUUGUGAUGUUGGGAAUCAAAAUAGAUUUUAAAUGUUUCUUUUUGUUGACGUGUGCACUGCUUUUGUGCAUUUAAUGUUUUUUUUUUUUCAAUUUCAUGUGUACAUAUAUCUGAACUGGAGGCUUUACUGGGUUGGUGGUGGGUCGUGGUGUGGUGGGGCUGGUGACAAAAUGAUGCAUCUUCUUUCUCAAAAUGAUGCCUGGGUGUCAUUAAAGGGACAAGUGAAAGUUGACAGUGAAGGGACCGGAUUGUAGCAUCACCUUGGGGAAAAUUACCUUUCAGAUUUUGACUGAUAAUGGCAGCUGUUGAAAUACAAGAUGGAUAAUGAAGAUGGACGAGUUUUUAAUUAUUUUGUCAAUGAAGCAUGCAUCAUUUCAUUUUUGAUUUUUCUUUUUCCUUUUAUUGCUCUUAAUGCACCACACUCCAGAAAGGAUCAUAUAGUGCUCUAGACUCGGCCACACUUUGUACAAAGUUAGUAAUUUAUAAUCAAAAGACAAACAUUGCUCAUCGUGCCAAACUUAUUAAAACCGUUUGCAUUUAGAGUUGUAUUUAUUUCUGCUUCUGUAGUUGCUAUUUUACUCCUGAAUAUAUUUAUCCGAAUGGACGCUACAAGCAUUGAUGAAGUUGAUGACAGUGGUUUGUGUUUGCAGAUGUGACAUAAACCUUGCCUUUAUCCUACAGAUGUGGAGGGCAGAAAGUCUAAAAGCAGGAGCGGGGAGCCGCAGCAAAGCUGCUGAGCCCUCGCCCGUCUGCUACCAUGCUGCGAGCGCGUGGUGAGUGAGCGCUGGCUGAAAAAUUGUUGGGUCAGUUUUGUCUCCAUGGGAACCCCUACAACGUGGUUGUGUAACAGAUGUCUCCCAUCAUGCUGUGCACUUACUCCCCUCCUCCUCCUCCUCCUCUCACUGUUCCUGCGGUGCCAAACGCCUGCUCAGGGGUUUUCAUUGGACCCAGCCGUCUUGGCAUAUGGUCCAUUUUUCACGACACUGCCUGUUGUCUUUACUCACCAAGUGAAGCUCUUGGAAACAACACGGUCUCCCUCCAUCAUGCUGUGUCUUGUGUUGGUGUAUAAUGAUGUGGCUUCUGGCUCGUUAUCAGGUUGCUGCAUGGCUUUGCUCCUUCCCCGUUUGCAUGUAGUCCCAGACUCGCUGCUGCUUCUCUUCCUCUCCUUGUUGAAUCCAUGUUUAACAGAGUCCUCUAGGGGAGUAUGGGGGAAUUGUUUUUUUGCGUUACCUCACAAAAAUAUUCUGUCCCGUUGCAAUAACUUUGCAAAUGCACCCUAGCCUAUUUUGUACAGUUACAGCAAUACCAAAUUCAAAUAGUUUGGAUGCAUUUCUUUCUGUCCUCUUACAGAAAGUUUCUGUUAUGUUUGUUUUACAGUAGGAAUGGAAAGUCCAUGUUUGACCUGUGUUCAUCUAAAAGAUAAAGAUAUAAACAUGUCAAAUAACUCAAAGAAUUCCUACAUGGAAAAACAUUCAAUUGUAGGAGAAAAACUUUCAGUAUUCCAGAUGCCACGUGAACUGACUACUAAAACAUUACAGUGAGGUAACGCAAAAAUGAUUGCAUGGGAAUGCAAUACUUCUGCGAGGUGAUGCCAAAAACAAGAAGAAAAAUUCACCUUUUCCACUAUGGGGCUCUGUGAUGUUUACUGGUACAGUGAAACUUUUUUUCUCUCUCUCUUUAACUGUAAUUUUGCUCUAUUUUCUUGCCAGUUUUCUUGUAACUUGUCUUUCUUUUCCAAUUCCACUUCUCUUUGCUUGUGUGCGACUCAGAGAAAGGUGGCCUUGGAGCUGUGUGUCUGAAGCUUUGUAGAGCUGAUCUUCUACAGCCAUCUACAGUGAGAAAAGAUUGUAUGUCCCAGAUUCAACUUUUUUUUUAGGAGAUCCAGGACACUUUAGUGGAGAAAAGUGGCUUCCUUCUCUGUUUUUCUUUUCCUUGAAUCAAGGAAGCAACAGUGAAAUACUACAAAAUAUCACAAUGACAUUUCCCCCCCACCUCCUUAAAGACUGCUGCGACAGUUUGCCACUUGACUCCAAUGUGGCAGAUCAUUGAUACGCACUGGUUACUCUCUGUGAACUGAUUUAAGUGCCAAUGUUCACACAACAGCCAAAAAGGCCAUCUCAACCUAGACUUGAGGACUCUUUUUUUUUUCUCAGAUCUUCUUUGUAUCUUUAACGCUAGAUGGAUCGUCUUCUGCCUGAAGCCACGCCUACAUCCUUUAAACAGGAGGACUCUCUUUAAAAAUAUGAAGCAUGUCAGCACAAAAAAAACCCGGUUCCAGCUUCUGUUGUAAGAAUCAAAAUCUGCAUGGAGCAGUCAAUCAUUCCACUUUCUUUAUCCGACCAAGGAAGAAGAUGGGGUCCAAAGGAUUAGAAGCCAGAUGCAGUGGGACAUAAAGCCAUGAAAGUUUUGGUGGUUUGGUUUCGGACGGAGAGACUGAGUCUGGGAAUGCUCAGGUUGCCUCAGAGACGAUGUUUAUCUCGACUGAAAUCCUCCUCUGUCACACAGUUAACCACAUGGUAGUCAUCAAUAGUUCCUCUCCUGCUCUGAUGUACAGAUAUCACUAAGACUAAACAGUGUUGAGUGUAAACUUCUGGAAAGGCUCUUUGCGUCUGAGUGGAGUAGGUGACCCGCCUGCUACCUGCAGAACAUGUCCACGUUUCUGUUGUGUUGAACAUGAUGGUGACAACGAGACCUGAUGUUUUCCUCCUUUUCCACUUUUACAUGUCUCCAUUUGGUGUAAUUAAAAAUUAUCAAGACUA